GCGGUCGUUUUCAACAGGAUACACAGAGUCUUCUCGUCUUGCUACGAAGAGAUUCUAUGCGCAGCUAGCACAGUUUCAUUUCAAGAUUUGCAUAAAAAUGAAGCUAGCUCUCAUUUUCCUGGCCAUUUUUGUGGCCAUUUCUCAUCAACAAUAUGAUUACAAUCCCCGUAUGAUGUUUGCGUUUCCUUGGCUGGCAUUGCCGUUUCCCAAUCAACCCGCGUUCUACAACAAUCACGAACCAAUGAACGACGAUGGUUAUCCAGUUGACAGCAUCAGUAAUCGCAACGUUUUCAGCUAUGAGGACGAAGGGGAAGAAUACGUGGACACCCAAUCGAGGGUCAAGGGAAUAAUUAGCCACUACCGACCCCGACCCUCUUUCCAAGACCAGCAGAAUGCACGAUUUUUAUUCAACUUAUUUGCCAGCACUACAGGGACUUUCAAUAAUCCCUUAUUGAAAACCGCGACAUUUACGACCACCGUAACUUUAAGCCUUAAUUCAGUUCAAAACUGUGUUCCUGUAAGCGAAGCUGUUGCUAACAUUCAACCUUGUCAACCAAAUCAACAAGCUAUUGGUCGCAGAAGACGUGACACACACUCCUCCAAUGUACCGGAAGACCUACAGUUUCCCAUUACUCCUUCUAAUACGUUCAACUUGAUUUCAACUGCUCUUCCAACUUCAAAUGAUCGUUUAGACACAGACUUAGACCUGCCUUCGUCGUCUAUACUGUCGUCGUUUAAGGAUGAUAUUAAUCUCCCGGAAAUUUCAACAGAAGACUAUCAUAAUUCAAGAGAGAAAAGAUUUUUUAUUAACAAAAACCAAUUUGUUGUAUCUACAGUUGCCACGUCGUUUGUGUUUGUAAAUUCUACUAUUCGCGCCACGGUCAAUCUCAUUAAUCCACCACCAGCUCCAGCUGUUGUUCCAUGUCAACCAGCGGCCCCAGGUGCUGCACAAGCUGUACCAGUCUGCCUUUUAUGUUUACCUCCAGGUUUCAUUGUAUGCCCUCUCCCUGCCGGUCGAUAAGUGGUAUUUAUACUUGAGAAGUAUAGCCAGCAUGUAGGUUAGUGUUUUCAGCAAUUGGCUUUCUUCAAGAAUCACUAUAGGUUUGCUCUUAAAGUUAUAAGUGACACUUGAAAUUUAAAUUCGUUAUACAUUGUGCAUUGUUUAACGUAAAGCCUAGCUAAACUGCUUGAUUAUUGCUGUGUUAUUCUUACACCAUGGUAUAGGAGACUUUGUGCCUUCGUUCGAUUUAAUAACAUUUACUGUAG